AUGCGGGCGAUCUCCAUCUCUCUCGCGCUUUAUCUCACUACUGUCUCUCUUGGCUUAGGAGCCGCCGCACAAUCAGCCGCCGCGGUCGCGUACGCACCCACCGAGCAGGCCUGUCCCGCUGGUACUUCUCUUGUCCGCCAAGUCGGCUCCAACGCGCAGAGGCAAACUCUUAGCGCGGGCGAGGCUGCGUAUGUAUCUGCAAAACAAAAGGUCGUGGCAGAGGCGUGGAAGAAGUACCUGGCCAACGUCCGAAGUCACGGCAAGGCCGCGCUCCCACCCUAUGUCGACGAACUUCUUCUGGGCCAACGGGGACACGGCGCGUUGCCCAAGCUCGGUAUCGCGACGAGCGGUGGAGGGUACCGAGCGGCCAUCUUCGGUGCGGGAAUAAUGAACGCGCUGGACGGCCGCAACCAGACGUCCGUCAAGGCGGGUACGGGAGGCAUCCUGCAGACCGCGACGUACCUCUCCGGGCUGUCGGGCGGUGCCUGGCUCGUGUCCUCGCUCGCGCAGGCGGACUUCCCCAUGCUCCCAGAGCUAAUCUUCGGGCCGUCGCCCGCCUCCGCCAACAACGGGUGGCUCGCCGACAUCGACUUGCUGACCCCCGGGGGCACGAACGUGACCGCUGACAAUGCGUACAUCGCGGAACUUCUCUCAGAGGUGUCGCUCAAGUUUUCAAAGGGCUUCCCGGUGACGGUGACGGACGUGUGGGCGCGCGCGCUCUCCAGGCACUUCGCGAACGGGACGACUGCGGCGAACUUCUUCGAAAACAGCCUCACGCAUGGGGCUGGGAUCACCUUCUCGUCGAUCACGAACGUGCCCUCAUUCGCGAACCACGAACAACCCUUCCUAAUCGUUGUCGCCGACUCGCUCGUCAGCCGUAACAAUGGCUCCGCCGUGACAGAGGCGGGGGACAUCGUUCCCUUGACUAAUCCUAUUUACGAGUUCAAUGCGUACGAGACGGGGACAUUUGAUCCCCAGUUGGGAGCAUUCACUCCCACCAAGUUCCUUGGCUCGCCGCCGAAGAGCAGUGGGGUGUGUGUGACUGGCUUUGAUCAACUUACCUUCCUAGAGGGCGUUUCUUCUAACUUAUUCAAUGAAUUUAACACUUCGGCAGCAGCCCUAAAUGCAUCCAUGAUUGGCCCCAUCAUCAAUGCUCUUCACAACGCGUUCCCGGAGACGGGCAUCCGCCUCGACUCCGCGGAGAUUCCGAAUCCCUUCUUUGGCAUAUCGCCGGCUACUUUCCCCGACUCCGACCAGAACAUACUGACUCUGGUCGAUGGAGGGGAAGAUGGCGAGACGGACCCAUUGCAGCCACUACUCGUGAAGGCGCGUGGCGUCGACACGAUCAUUGCCAUCGACGCUCCCGCGGACACGAGUGAUAACUUCGCUGCAGGCCUCGACCUGAUCUCGACGCAAGCGCGAGUGAAGCUCUUCCCCGGAACGUACGCCUUCCCGCCCGUGCCCAGCACCACGGAAGUCUACCUCUCGCAGAACCUUACGCGUCGCCCGACAUUCUUCGGAUGCAACAGCUCUGCUGCAAGUGGAGAGCCCCUCGUUGUAUACAUCGCUAAUGGCGGCCCACCGCUCGGCCAAGCUCCACUGACGAACACGUCCACGCUACAGCUUCAGUACUCGAACAGCGAGAUUGAGGGGAUGUUGAACCAGCUCUUCGAUAUCGCCACUCAGGGAAUCCCCGCAGAGACUCCAAAAGGUCUUGAGAAGGAUCCUGUUUGGCCUGCUUGCCUUGCGUGUGCGGUCACUGAUCGCUCUAGACGCUCAGUAGGCGUAGCGAGGAGUGGGAUCUGUGAGAGCUGCUUCGCUAGGUACUGUUGGAGUUGAGCAUGUAGCCUGUGCAGCUUGCGAUAGUAUUCAG